AUGCUCGUGACCGGACGACAGCCUAUCACCAGGCUGAAAGUGUUAUUUUCGAGCUGUUUCACCGAGGAUCCGAAUAACCAGUCGGACAAUCUCACUCUGGUCCUCUCGACUAUCCGCUCUGCCAUUGAGCUUUGGUUCGGCCCCGCCAUCCGACUUCCUGAUGAGGUAACCUCUCAAGUCCCUCACGGUGCGUUCGAGGAUCGGACCAACCUCCUGUACCGCAUCAGGCAAUUUACGCAAACCAUCUCCUCGGUACCGCCCAUUUCAUCAGUCUCCGAGUCUUUUCUCAAGAGAGACCUGGCAAUGUGA